AUGAAUAAUUUCUAUAUUACAUAUUUAUUCAUAUUAAAACUGAUUCAUAUUAAAAGUUUCAGUAUUGAACAUUUGAUAAAAUCAAAUUUAUUUUGUACAGAUUUAAUGUUUGAAACAGGUUUAACAUUUGAACUAUUUAAUAAUAGUACAUUACCAUUGUUUGGUAAAGAGAAAUGGUAUAGCAUUGAAAAUUUAAUAACUUCUAAAAAAUUAGAAAAUUUAAAAGUUAUACACUUUCAUGAUUGUUUUAAUAAAACAAUUAGAAAAUAUGAUAACUGUUGGAAUAUGAUACGCCAACAAUUUAUUGAAUAUUCAAUUCCAAUUGAAUACAAUAAUGUGAGAGAAAUUAUUGACAAAUAUGAAAAACGACAAAUUACUGAAAUAACAAAUUAUAAUGUUUAUUUAAAGUAUUUGAAUGCAUUAUGUUUUACAGCUUGUUACAGUCGAUAUAAAGCGAAUUUAAAAUCAAUAACAGAUUAUCAGAUUCUAUGCCCUUUUCCGUGUAUUAUACAAAAAGAUUGUUCUUUUGAUGAAUGCAAAGAUCUUGGAGUUUUUAAGCAUGAAUAUGAAUGUCUGUGUAGUAAUUCAGAUAAAUGGGACAGUGAAACAUUAGAAUGUCUACCAAAUAAUCUGUAUGAGAUAAGGCAGUCAAAAGAAAUUCCUGAUUUCCUUACGAAAGAAAAACACUUGAGGAGUCGCGUUCCAAGAAAUUGUGAGAAAAAUAGUAACUGCGAUAAAAAUGGAACACUUUUCUGUACAUUAGAUUCAAAUCACCAAUAUACAGAAUGUGUUUGUAAGCCUCAUUAUCAUGGUUACUACUGUCAAGAGAAAAUAGACGCUUGUGCAUUUCGAAUUGAACAUCAUUUACAACCGAAUGGUGGCACAUUAAUUGCUGGUAGCAGAGCAUGUAACGUCAACAAUCCAGGAAAUAAAUGUAUCCCACUAACUAGUAUAGAUGGACAUGCAACAUAUCGAUGUCAGUGCAAUGAAAGUGGGUGGAUGCCAGACAUAAAAUUGCCGUAUCCAAAUUGCAUGCGGAGAUUGACAAAAUGUGAUUCUCUUAUUUAUGUAAAUGGAUUUUGUGUAUCAAAUAAUUUAGGUGAUCAAGCAGUGAUUAUCUGUGAUCCUGGUUAUAUGGGUAUUUCAUGUAAUGAAUGGGUUGGUGAGUGGUCUGAAUGGUCAGUAUGGGAUAAAUGUAGGCCAGCUUGUGGCAACCUACGCUAUAGCUUACGUGUAAGAGAAUGUUUAUCCAUGAAACUAGGAAAUAAAUCUAAACAAUGUUUAGGUUCAGCGGUGGAAUACGUCAGAUGCUCAGAGCAUUUAUGCAACUAUUUAGGUAUAUCUUAUUUCGAUAUCUACCUUGCAAGCCGACAAAAUAUGGUCUCUGUUAGUCUGGCAUGUGGUGCCGUACUCUGUGCUCUACUAGUUUUGAUAUGGAUUUUAACUUGUUAUGGUUCAGUUGCCUCAGUCUACAAAAUAAUCAUAAAAUCAUGCCUGGAAGGAAGAGGAAAGGUCAAGAAACGGAAGAAGUUGUCAUGGAAACCUAGUGGACUGUAUACAGUAGAUGAAGAAAACGAUGAGCAAGAGGAUGAUGAGAAAGAAGAAAACAGCAGGGAUUUCAGUGAAUAAAUAUUUAAUAAAACAAAAGUUUUGAAGUUAAUCCAUAUUUUGUUUUGUAUGCAUGA